AUGUCUGCCGAAGGCGUCUCUUCAUCGCCCGUCCCCAUCGAGGAUCUCCAGAAGAUCACCACCGAGGCCUGCGAGAAUGCCCUCAAGACCACCAAGACCUACGAGCACGACAACGUCGGAGACUGGAACUCUCAGAUCAUCAACACUGUCCUCAAGGCCCUGAUCACCGCCACCGCACCCGAAGCCUCCAAGCCCCCUCCCUACCGCUUCACUGUGAACAGCACAAUCGUGCAGCAGGGCGUGAUUGAUCCCUCCGUUGCUGCGGAUGGCGCACUCAGCAAUGCCGGCAAGCGUGGUAUGCACUCCGCCUCCGGAGCCUUCUGGGAUGUCAACCGCGACGGCAUGUGGACUUUCAAGUACACUGGUGCUGAGGAGCGGGGGAUCGAUGUUGUUGUUUGUGUGACGUGGUUUGCUGUCGUAUAA